GCGCCGGCCGCUUUCCUCCCGCGAGACUGCCAGCCGGGACAGGGUGAGGGCUGGGGCCUGUGGUGCAUUGUGGGAAAGCGUCCAGUGUGGGCUUUGUUUCUAGACCUGGAGCCGCGCUCGGUCUCCUGGGGCGCUUCCCGUGCCCCGCGGUCCUGGGUACCCUGAGGCGCUCCCCCUCCCUCCUUCGUUUGUCGUCAGGUGCGGGCGCCGAGCCGACGCCGCCAGCAUGUCUGGGGUGCGCGCUGUGCGGAUCAGCAUCGAGUCGGCCUGCGAGAAGCAGGUCCAGGAGGUGGGCCUGGACGGCACCGAGACGUACCUGCAGCCUCUGUCAAUGUCUCAGAACCUGGCGCGCCUGGCUCAGCGGAUCGACUUCAGCCAGGGCUCCGGCUCCGAGGAGGAGGAGGCGGCCGGCGCCGAGGGCGACGCGCAGGAUUGGGCGGGCGCGGGGUCCAGCGCUGACCAGGACGACGAGGAAGGAUUGGUGAAAUUUCAACCCUCCCUUUGGCCUUGGGAUUCAGUGAGGAACAAUUUGAGAAGUGCCCUGACAGAGAUGUGUGUUCUCUAUGAUGUUCUUAGUAUUGUUAGGGAUAAAAAAUUUAUGACUCUUGAUCCUGUCUCUCAGGAUGCACUUCCUCCAAAACAGAAUCCUCAGACGUUGCAGUUAAUAUCUAAAAAGAAGUCACUUGCUGGAGCAGCACAGAUCCUACUGAAGGGGGCAGAGAGACUGACAAAAUCAGUCACUGAAAACCAGGAAAAUAAGCUACAAAGAGACUUCAACUCUGAGCUUUUGAGAUUGAGGCAACACUGGAAGCUUAGAAAAGUUGGAGAUAAAAUUCUUGGAGAUCUGAGCUACAGAAGUGCAGGGUCUCUGUUUCCCCAUCAUGGUACAUUUGAAGUAAUAAAGAAUACAGAUAUUGAUCUAGACAAGAAGAUACCUGAAGAUUACUGUCCCCUUGAUGUCCAGAUUCCUAGUGAUUUAGAAGGGUCUGCAUAUAUCAGGGUUUCAAUUCAAAAACAGGCUCCAGACAUAGGUGACCUUGGCACAGUUAACCUCUUCAAACGACCUUUGCCUAAAUCCAAACCAGGUUCUCCACAUUGGCAGACAAAAUUAGAAGCAGCACAAAAUGUUCUCUUAUGUAAAGAAAUUUUUGCACAGCUCUCCCGGGAAGCUGUUCAAAUUAAAUCACAGAUCCCUCACAUUGUGGUGAAAAAUCAGAUUAUCUCUCAGCCCUUCCCAAGCUUGCAGUUAUCUAUUUCUUUGUGCCAUUCUUCAAAUGAUAAGAAAUCCCCAAAAUCUGCUACUGAGAAGCAAAGUCCAGAGGACCAUCUUUACGUUCUAGAGCAUAAUUUGCAUCUACUGAUUAGAGAGUUUCAUAAACAGACCUUGAGUUCCAUUAUGAUGCCACAUCCAGCAAGUGCACCUUUCGGCCACAAGAGAAUGCGACUUUCUGGUCCUCAAGCUUUUGAUAAAAAUGAAAUUAAUUCAAUACAGUCAAGUGAAGGGCUUCUGGAAAAAAUAAUUAAACAAGCAAAGCAUAUAUUUCUGAGGAGUAGGACUGCUGCAACCAUUGACAGCUUAGCAAGUCGCAUUGAAGAUCCUCAGAUACAGGCUCAUUGGUCAAAUAUUAAUGAUGUUUAUGAAUCUAGUGUGAAAGUCUUAAUCACAUCGCAAGGCUAUGAACAGAUAUGCAAGUCCAUUCAGCUGCAGUUGAAUAUUGGAGUUGAGCAGAUCCGGGUCGUGCACAGAGAUGGGAGGGUGAUCACACUGUCUCAUGAGGGCCAGGAGCUUCAGGACUUCCUUCUGUCUCAGAUGUCACAGCAUCAGGUGCACGCAGUUCAGCAGCUAGCCAAGGUUAUGGGCUGGCAGGUCCUGAGCUUCAGUAAUCACGUAGGACUGGGGCCUGUAGAGAGCAUUGGCAAUGCCUCUGCCAUAACUGUGGCCUCCCCGAACGGUGACUAUGCUAUCUCAGUUCGUAAUGGCCCUGAAAGUGGCAGCAAGAUUAUGGUUCAGUUUCCCCGUAAUCAGUGUAAAGACCUUCCAAAAAGUGAUGUUUUACAAGAUAGCAAGUGGAAUCAUCUUCGUGGGCCAUUCAAAGAAGUUCAGUGGAAUAAAAUGGAAGGCCGAAACUUUGUUUAUAAAAUGGAGCUGCUUAUGUCUGCACUUAGUCCUUGUCUACUGUGAUUUUUUUUCUGGACAAGUUUCCAGAUUUUUUUUCCCCAGAGAAGUUUCCAGAAACUUUCAGGAAUGUUUGCAGAUCAACAAUAAGCACAAAGAAGAGGAAUCUUCUAAAGGAAUAUUGUUUUUAAAAAGUAAUAAUUAGCAAAUGUUUACUUAGCAUUUUGAAACCUUUCACUUUAUAAGUGACAAGUGCUUUAAAAUGCAAAAGUUUAUGUACAGUUAUAGGGUAUACAAACAUGGAGAGAUGUACUUUUUUUAUGCAGUUGACUUGAAAUAUUACUUACAUGGAUUGACAUUAGCUUUUUAAAAUAUCCCUUUGAUGUUGACAUCAAAUAAAGAUUAUGGUUAAAAAUUCCA